CUGCGAAGCCGUCGCUGGCAAAUAUCCGCAGGUUCGUGAAUCUGCCCCAUAGUGUCUUAGCAAAGCCAAAUAACACUGCUGUCCAUUUUGUAUUGCCAAGAUUUGUAUGAAGGUUGAGUCUGCUCUCCGAGGUUUUGGCCAAAAGACUCCUUUGGCUCGAGUCGAGUCAUGUUUGUAGCCGCUAAUCUAUAGGGAGGGAUUCAUUGGAAGAAUUUCCACUCCAACUCCACAGGUCAAUAUUAAAGGCUAAUAUUUGCAUAUGAGGAUUCAGAUCGGUGUUCGGCCAAAUCCAAAAUAGUGGAUUCAGUGCAUCCCUAAUUAUAAUAUGUUAAUGUGGCCCUAGAUAUUUUUAGAAAGGGUCAGGGCCAUAAACAUAUUCUUGUCAGGCCACGUAAUUACAAGUCACACAACUGGUUCCACUGGGACUCAUGGAUGAUCAUUUCUAAGCACUUCUUGUGGCUAAAUGUAACUUUAGAUGGAUAAUCUAUCUUCAGCAAUAACCAGAGAAAGCACGAGCCAGGCACAGACAUAUUGCAGCUGAAAUAUACUAAGAAACAUGCUAGAAAAUAUACUAGUAACAGAAUGGUGACUUUGGGGUGCAAAUUUGAAUUUCCUGCCCAUUAUACAUGAUAUUAUAUUAGAUGUAAUAAUGGGAAGAAAUGUAGGAAUUCACAUAACUUGUAUUAUAUUCACUGACAGACAUAAGAUGGCAGUAUUUGAGGACAUUGCAUACACUGUAUAUUCCUCUUGCAUCAGCACAACUAUGUCUGUGUAUCCAUCUGUCCCUCAGUCUUUAGUAUAUGGAGCUGUGUAUAAAAAGUACAAUAAAGACCCUUCUGUGCCGGCAUUCUAACAAUGACCAUAAUGGGAUUGGCAAUAAGAAAUAAAAAAUGAAAUGUUGCAAUGCAGGGUGUUAUAUGGAAUUCGCACCCUGCACCCCCCCAUGCACAGAGUGGCUUGGGGGUAACUACUGGGGGCAUCUUUAAAGGCACAGGUCUUCAUUACUAAAGGGAUAUGGUGGCUUUGGGAUGGUACAGGAGACACAUAAGGUGCAGCAUUUGCAGCCUUUGACCCAUAGUUCUGAUAAAGCCCUUAGUAUUGCACCCCCAGGCCUCACAUAGCAUAUAUAGUAGUAUAUAUUUUGGGCUGCUGAAUAUGUCACAUGGCAGUGCUGACAUGUACAGUAACUGAUAUGCUAAUUAGGUGCCUUCUGAUUGGCUGCACAGCAGGACCAUCGCCAUGGAGUCAUCUUGUGAUGUCAUCAACCAAGUUAACCUUAGGGCCAGAAAUGACAGUUUUUUCAGUUUUGGCUUUGCAGUCAGAAGAGAAGGAGAAUUUUUCAGUUUUGGCUUUGCAGUCAGAAGAGAAGGAGAAUUUUUCAGUUUUGGCUUUGCAGUCAGAAGAGAAGGAGAAUUUUUCAGUUUUGGCUUUGCAGUCCGAAGAGAAGGAGAAAUUAUUUUUUGGAGAAUUUAUUUUGGUUUUAGGCGACGCAAGACAUGGGAAAUUACAUCUCUACAUUCGUAGACCCCAUCAUUGGCCUCAGAAGGAGAAGAUUUCAGGCUCCAUCAAAAUCUUCUCAAAAACAUCCAGCGAGGCAUCGCAGCAGUAGCGCUCAAAAGCAGAAUUUGGGUUGGCCGACCAACGGCGGGGAGCCAAAGAGAUGGAUAGAGCCCGGAUACCAUGGACCACAGGCGAGACCAUCUUAUUCCAGCCUUUACUCCACCCCACGCUUCACGAGGAUCACGAAGACCACGGCUCCACCUGUGUCCUCCUUGCUAUUUCCAAUGGAGGAGCCGAAGCAAAAGACGACCUCGGGCAAAUAUUGGCUAAGUGUGCCCCCUAUGGGGCCACCAAUAAGACCGAUGGACCUGACGGCACCACUGCCACGUUUAACAAUGCCAGACUACUGGCAGCCCAUUGAGAUCUUUCCUCUACCUGAGAGGGAAAGACCUCAGCGUCAGGAGCCGGUUCCUCCAUCAGCCUUCGAACUGAUGGUCAUACAGAAGGGCUUGAGAAUGGAAAGAGAGGAGCUAGAGAGAGAAGCUGCCGCUCAAGAGGAAUAUCAGCGGUACAGAAACACUGUUUUGGCAGAAGCGCAGAAGUUAGCUCGGAAGCGCAGGCUGAAUAGCAUGCAUGAAAGACCAGCUUAUGCUAAGAAACCCUGUUAUUCAGUGUCAUCGUACGGCACAAGAUGGCCCUCGUAAUCACCAAGUGGCUCAUACCACCAACGCCAGCAGCAGUUUUCUUGUUACGUAUGUCAUCUUCAAGAGACAGUGCUGAGUAAGAAUAUUAAUUCCACCAGAGAUGCUUCUCUGCUUUCCACUGUAAUUCUACUAGCGGUGACUCCCCUCCAUCUAAAAUAUGGUUUUAUACACAGGAGGACCCAUAAGCCACUUGGUAGACCCUGCAUUUCUUUUCACUCCAUCCCUCAGUGUGCAGAAGCCGGGAUCUGCAGGCUGCCUGGCAUGGAAUGAAAGGGAAUGCAGCAUUCACCUAGCAGCUGAGCGGUGCUCUUGUUUAUGGUGCCAUAUUUUUUUGGUCUCCCUUUUUCACACCUCCAUUUUAUCAGUGGUGCUUCCCCUUACACCCAAAAUAUGGUGUUUUACACAAGAGCAACCAUAAGCCACUCAGUAGACCCUGCAUUCCUUUUCACUCCAUCCCUCAGUCUGCAGAAGCCGGGAUCUGUAGACUACCUGGGCUCCAAUGGAAUGGAGAGGAAUGCAGAAUUCACUUAGCAGCUGAACAGUGCUCAUGUUUAUGGUGCCAUCCUUUUUUUGGUCUCCCUUUUUCACACCGUCAUUUCACCAGCAGUGCCUCCCCUUACACCUAAAAUAUGGUGUUAUACACAAGAGCACCCAUAAGCCACUCAGUAGACCCUGCAUUCCUUUUCACUCCAUCCCUCAGUGUGCAGAAGCCGGGAUCUGUAGGCUACCUGGGCUCCAAUGGAAUGAAAGGGAAUGCAGUGUUCACUUUGUGGCUUAAAGGCAUUCAUAUGUAUGCUGCCAUAUUCCCUUCUUUACCGUUACUUCCACCGCCAUUACACCAGCGGUGCCCCCCUUACACCUAAAAUAUGGUUUUAUACACAGGAGCACCCUUAAGCCACUCAGUAGACCAUGCAUUCCUUUUCACUCCAUCCCUCAGUGUGCAGAAGCCGGGAUCUGCAGGCUGCCUGGGAUCUAAUGGAAUGGAAAGGAAUGCAGUAUUCACCUUGUGGCUUAAAGGCGCUUAUAUGUAUGCCGCCAUGUUCCCUUACCUUACCAUAGCCUCCCUCUGUUUCCCUUGAUUCAAUAUACUGCAUUGAUCCUGGGAGCAAAUCCGAUCGCCGUUAAGGGGUCAGGAAGGAAUUUUUCCCUCUAGUGAAGCCGAUUGGUUCUUGCUUCAUAGAGGUUUUUUGCCUUCCUCAGGAUCAAAUAGCGCAGUCUAUCUAAUAAUUAUUAAUAAAGAUGUGCCUUUCACAGAUUAACAUCAAGCUGCUGUGUGUGUGUCUU